AUGGGAGUUCUACGAGGGGAGAAGAUGCAUGCAGAUGCGACAUAUUUCCGAUCCGUUGCCGCCACAGAGGCGGAUGAAGACCCCACCUUCGUUCUCAACGUCGAUGAAAAAGCGCGUCCCAGUUUUUCCCGGAGAAGGCUGAGGUCCCCUGCUCGGUUGGUUCGCCGUGGACGACGGGAACUACUGUGGCGUGCAUUGCUAGUGGAGAGGCUUGUCGUUGUUGCGGGGCUAGCAGCAGCCUUUAUUAUCCUGAAAUGUGCCUUUGAAUUGGGCGGCGUUAAAGCCCUAGAUGGACUUCAAAGAUCGCUAGCAGAAUCCUCGGACUACAAGCUUACUGGAGCUUGUGGCAUUGAAAGCAAUCCAGAGCUGGUACGGAACAACAUCGGCGUAUCUGAGUUCGAGCCAGAAGAUGUGACAUAUGGGAGAAUUCACAAAGUGUUCGACCUACUGGAAGAACUGCAACGCACUUGCAGAAUUCUUUCUGUAGGGCGGGGGAUUCUGUUGCAAGCUCGAAUCGCUUGCUUCUACUUGAUAUGCAGUGCGCAGGAGCUUGCCGCGGUUUCCGGGAUGCUACCAGAUCAUCUAGUGACACGUAGAGUACAACUCACGAAUUCGGCCUCCAAUCUGGCCAGCAGCAUCCUCGAACGGUUUCCUACUUCUGCGGUUGGGGACAACGCAUUUCGCCGGGUCAGUCGGCUGCGCGAACUCAACAACCAGCUGCUGGAGCUCCCCGAAACAUGUACGCUAGGUACAGCGCAGUGCAGGAUAAGACUGCAGCAUCUGGGGUUGGUCCAGCUUGUGUUCUUGAAUACUUCACUUACCCUGCUGAGAGGACUGCUCCAGUGGUCAGAAAAGGGAACCGGUUCAUCAAAUCAGGCAGUGAACGAAAUGCUAACGGCAAUGACUCAGUUGCGGCAUAAACGCCGAACACAGAUUCUUGGAGACCACGGUCUUGGACCGUGGGUGGCACAAUACCUACGGUUGGGGGGCCCCAACCACGUCGUGGAAAGAGAAAGGGGGCGGCAACUCCUUCUAGAUAAUAGUUUGACACCCAUAAGUGUGCUUGUCGCGCAGUUGAAAGAGGUGUAUACUCACAUACUGGGCACAACAGGACGGAGAAACAAUCCUGCUGCUGUAGCGAGUACGCCUCGAUAUCAUGCUACAGCAGAUGCGAGGCAAUUCGCUUUGGCCCCUCCCACAUUCGGUGUUUACCUGACUCCGACUGCAGCAACCAGCUCAACCGAUCUGCACCCCUCCAGCGCUUCUUCCUCUGCGUCGGAAGAUGACAGCUUGAGCCCAGGGAGAGCGGUUGGUUCGAAUGUCAUGCCUGCUCCCUGUCACCCCGAGUUUCUUCGGAUGUUCCUUCACCAAGGCCCACUGGCACCUCUCCGCGGCCCUCCAGGCCAACCACUGCGUGAGCCUUCUGGACACAGAAGGGAGCAGCAGUCUGCCCACCUCUCAACUUCCUGGUAUUUAUCCAACCAAAGUACAGCCAGUUUCGAAGGAGGGAUACCACUUUCAGGUCCCCUAUCUGGGACGCACUUGGCUGCGCCUUUCCCCACAGUACAGUCCGCAAUCGUGCGGCGCGUAAAGGCGUCAAGGGGACACCGGACGAUGAUGGAUUACCGGGCAGAACAGCAGAGUGAAGCCGCAUCUGCUGGGAGGGUUUUCUACGGGGUUGCGGAGGGUGAACCGAGACCAUCUGGUAUAACUGGACGUAUGCACAGGGUGCAAGCGGCUCCCAAUGAGCAAAAGUUAACUGAGCUGAGCACAGAACACCCUGCGACUUCAGAAAGCUUGCGAGAGCACAUGGAUCCCGUUAGCACGAGCAGCCUCCUUUACCCAGACGGGGCACCUGCGGGUGUGAGUCGUACAACUGAUGCCUAUGUUUCCGGUUGGCCGCUCCCGGAUUUUGAAGGGGAUGUUGCACGGGGUUUUCGGGGCAGGGAGCACUUCAGUGAAUUCCAGGGCGGUUCUGGGCAAGCUGAGAAGUUACAGGAUGAAGGACGCGUGCAAGGGGCGGGGUUUGUUUUCCACCAGAAAUCACAGACGUUUGAACAGACGUACACCCGAAGGCCUCAGUAG